AUGGCGCCGGGACAUAUUGUCCCACUUCAUCAGGAGGCCCUGUCUGACCACCCACCAACUGACCCGCGUCUCCCCCCCUCGGGAGCCUCCGCCUUCCGCCGCAGCGUGAGUAGGGAGCUGUCGGCCAUUUGGAGACGGCCCUACUCGAUAAGAGGUAACGCGAGUAACGAGUCCCCGCCCGUGGGAGCGGCGGGCAAAACGACCUCUGGAGCAUCAGUGGUGGCGAGCAAAACUCCCGCGCGAGCGGCGACAGGGGGUUUACACCGCGCCGAUCCCAGAAAACACGCGCAUUCCGAGCGAGGCGGCAAUCGCGACAAGGCAGCAACCCCCGGCAGGCAGCAACCCCCGGCCGGCAGCAACCCCCGGCCGGCAGCAACCCCCGGCGGCAGCAACCCCCGGCCGGCAGCAACCCCCGGCCGGCCGGCAGCAACCCCCGGCCGGCAGCAACCCCCGGCCGGCAGCAACCCCCGGCCGGCAGCAACCCCCGGCCGGCAGCAACCCCCGGCCGGCAGCAACCCCCGGCCGGCAGCAACCCCCGGCCGGCAGCAACCCCCGGCCGGCAGCAACCCCCGGCCGGCAGCAACCCCCGGCCGGCAGCAACCCCCGGCCGGCAGCAACCCCCGGCCGGCAGCAACCCCCGGCCGGCAGCAACCCCCGGCCGGCAGCAACCCCCGGCCGGCAGCAACCCCCGGCCGGCAGCAACCCCCGGCCGGCAGCAACCCCCGGCCGGCAGCAACCCCCGGCCGGCAGCAACCCCCGGCCGGCAGCAACCCCCGGCCGGCAGCAACCCCCGGCGGCAGCAACCCCCGGCCGGCAGCAACCCCCGGCCGGCAGCAACCCCCGGCCGGCAGCAACCCCCGGCCGGCAGCAACCCCCGGCCGGCAGCAACCCCCGGCCGGCAGCAACCCCCGGCCGGCAGCAACCCCCGGCCGGCAGCAACCCCCGGCCGGCAGCAACCCCCGGCCGGCAGCAACCCCCGGCCGGCAGCAACCCCCGGCCGCAGCAACCCCCGGCCGCAGCAACCCCCCCCCCCCCCGGCCGGCAGCAACCCCCGGCCGCAGCAACCCCCGGCCGACAGCAACCCCCGGCCGACAGCAACCCCCCCGCACCCCCGCCGACAGCAACCCCCGGCCGACAGCAACCCCCGGCCGACAGCAACCCCCGGCCGACAGCAACCCCCGGCCGACAGCAACCCCCGGCCGACAGCAACCCCCGGCCGACAGCAACCCCCGGCCGACAGCAACCCCCGGCCGACAGCAACCCCCGGCCGACAGCAACCCCCGGCCGACAGCAACCCCCGGCCGACAGCAACCCCCGGCCGACAGCAACCCCGGCCGACAGCAACCCCCGGCCGACAGCAACCCCCGGCCGACAGCAACCCCCGGCCGACAGCAACCCCCGGCCGACAGCAACCCCCGGCCGACAGCAACCCCCGGCCGACAGCAACCCCCGGCCGCACCCCCGACAGCAACCCCCGGCCGACAGCAACCCCCGGCCGACAACAACCCCCGGCCGACAACAACCCCGGCCGACAACAACCCCGGCCGACAACAACCCCCGGCCGACAACAACCCGGCCGACAACAACCCGGCCGACAACAAGCCGAGCCGACAACAAGCCGAGCCGACAACAAGCCGAGCCGACAACAAGCCGAGCCGACAACAAGCCGAGCCGACAACAAGCCGAGCCGACAACAAGCCGAGCCGACAACAAGCCGAGCCGACAACAAGCCGAGCCGACACAC